AUGAAGCUCAUGCUCGUGGCCGCCAGUCUGGUGGCUGUCCUGGCUCUCUCUCUCGCCGAAGAAGCCAAGGCAGCAGAAAAAGAAGUGGCAGUAACCGACAACAAGGUGGCGGCUGACGACAAAAAACAUGAAAAACGUGGUCUCAUAGGUCUCGGAUACGGGCACGGAGGAUUUGACAGUGGCUUCGGAGGAAGCUAUGGAGGCGGUUUUGACGGUGGAUACGGCGGUUACGGUGGUAACGGUGGUUACGGUGGUUACGGUGGACACGAGGAAGUUCACAAAACCGUUACUGUUGUAAAGAACGUUCCUGUUCCUUACCCAGUUGAAAAACAUAUCCCAUACCCAGUCGAGAAACACGUUCCUGUACCUGUCAAGGUGCCAGUGCCUCAACCUUACCCCGUAGUUAAGCAUGUCCCAUACACCGUUAAGGAACUAGUCAAAGUGCCUGUGCACGUUCCUCAGCCUUACCCAGUAGAGAAAAAAGUGCCCUACCCAGUUCAUGUCCCCGUUGACAGACCAGUCCCAGUCAAAGUGUACGUUCCUCAACCCUACCCAGUGGAAAAGGAAGUACCGUACCCAGUAAAGGUUCAUGUACCUGCUCCUUACCCAGUUGAAAAGAAGGUCCCCUACCCAGUAAAGGUACCAGUUCAUGUACCCGCUCCCUACCCCGUUAUCAAGGAGGUCCACGUACCAUACAAGGUCCACGUUGACAGGCCUUACCCUGUACAUAUCUCCAAACCUGUGCCUUACCCAGUAGAAAAGCCUGUACCCUACCCCGUUGAGAAGCCAGUGCCUUACCCCGUCAAGGUCCCAGUCGACCGCCCUGUACCAGUGCACGUUGAAAAACCAGUCCCCUACCCCGUGAAAGUCCACGUACCAGCGCCAUACCCAGUUGAGAAACACAUUCCCGUGCCAGUCGAGAAACACGUCCCAGUGCCCUACAAAGUCUUGGUAGACAGACCUUACCCAGUACACAUUGAGAAACACGUUCCCGUUCAUGUUGAGAAGCCAGUGCCCUACCCCGUUAAGGUACCUGUUUUCGUCGGCCACGGUCACGAGUACGGUCAUCAUGAAAGCUAUUAA